UUUUAUAUUUUAUUAGAGGGGAAGGGAAUUUCUCCUUCUACAUUAUAUCUAAAGAAGUUGGCUAUAUUUAGCUGAGACCAUGGAUGUUUUAACUCUAAUAUUCUUCUUCCCUUUCACCUUUCCAUGAAGUUUUAUUAAGUAAGGGUGUAUAGGCAGAAUUGAAUAACAUAGAAACUAAGGAGAAAAAAUUUCUAAGCAGGUAGAAUUUGGCACACUGAGAAAUAUUGCUGAAGAUACUGGGAUGUAUAAUCUUAAAAUGAAUUGUUUGAAUCCAAAGUAUGGGCACAGCGCUCAAUGCCCAUUUACUUAUUUCCUUUGUUUCCAGACCUCUUUUCUUUUUCCAGAGGUGUCCAAGCUACACAGAACUGGAAAUCUAACAAGUGUCUCAGAAUUCUUCCUCCUGGGCCUCUCAGAUGAUGCAGAACUGCAGCCUUUGCUCUGUAUCCUGUUUCUGUCCAUGUACCUGGUCACCGUGUUGGGAAACCUACUCAUCAUAUUAGCUGUCACCUCUGACCCCCACCUCCACACUCCCAUGUACUUCUUCCUCUCCAACCUGUCUUUGGCUGACAUCAGUUUCAUCUCUACCACUGUUCCCAAGAUGAUUGUGGACAUCCAAACUCACAGCAGCGUCAUCUCCUAUGGGGGCUGCCUGACACAGAUGUCUAUUUUUAUCCUUUUUGGGUGUAUGGAUAGUAUGCUUCUGUCUGUGAUGGCUUAUGACAGGUUUGUGGCCAUCUGUCACCCACUGCAUUAUACAAUCAUCAUGAACCCAUGCACCUGUUGCAUCUUCUUUUUUGUGUCUUUUUUUGUUAGCCUUUUGGAUUCCCUGAUGCAUAAUGUGAUUGUGUUACAACUUACCUGCUUCAAGGAUAUAGAAAUUUCUAGUUUCUUCUGUGACCCUUCUCAGCUGCUCAACCUUGGCUGUUCUGAUACUUUCAUGAAUAGUAUAGUCAGGUAUAUUAUCGUUGCCAUCUCUGGUUUUCUCCCUACCUCAGGAAUCUUUUUCUCUUACUAUAAAAUUCUUGUCUCCAUUCUGAGAGUCCCCUCAUCAAGUGGGAUGUAUAAAGCCUUUGCCACCUGUGGCUCUCACCUGGCAGUGAUAUGCUUGUUUUAUGGAACAGCCCUGGGGGUAUAUCUCAGCUCAGCCAUCUCCCUUUCUCCAAGGAAGGAUGUAGCAGCCUCAGUGGUUUACACUGUGGUCACCCCAUGCUAA